UGUUUUUGAUUAGGCACAGUUCGAUUAGUUCUAUUGCUUAGAUAGUACCAGCAGUAUUCAUUCCCAAAAAAUGGCAUUCAAGUUUGUAGCCUUCCUCGCCCUGGUGGCCGUUGCCCGUGCCGGAGUCAUCUCGAGCCCUCUGACGACCUACGCUGCUGCUCCAACUCUGUCCUAUGCCAGUCCCAUUGUCAAGACCGUCGUGGCCGAUGAGUAUGACCCGAACCCACAGUACUCCUUCAGCUAUGGAGUUUCCGAUGCUCUGACCGGUGACCAGAAGUCCCAGCAGGAGUCCCGCAACGGAGAUGUCGUCCAGGGAUCCUACUCGCUGGUUGAUGCUGAUGGUUACAAGCGUAUUGUUGACUACACUGCUGAUCCAAUCCACGGAUUCAACGCUGUUGUCCGUCGUGAGCCACUUGGCCAAAUCGCUACCAAGGCCGUUAUUGCCCAGCCAGCCUAUGCCUCUUAUGCUGCUCCAGUUACCAAGACCAUCUCCUAUGCUGCUCCAGUAGCUUAUGCCACCCCAUUGGCCACCAAGACCAUUAUCUCACAGCCAGCCUAUGCCAGCUACUCGGCUCCUCUGGCCACCAAGACCAUCUUGUCCCACCAGCAAGCCUACGCCGCUCCAGCUUAUUACCAUUAAUUUAGUCUAAGCGUUCUUAAUUUAUUGUUGAUAAAAUGAGACCUGCCUAAUUUAUUGCAAAUAGAAUACUGAAUAGAUGGACAAUCAUCACCGAAACAUAA